GGAAAGAAGCGAUCCAAAAGACCAUCAUGUCCAUGACCCUGGGCAAGGAUGUGUCUGCGCUGUUCCCCGACGUACUGAAGAACAUCGCAACGGCAGACCUGGACCAGAAGAAGCUGGUGUACCUGUAUCUUAUGAAUUACGCGAAAUCACACCCCGACCUCUGCAUCCUCGCCGUCAAUACAUUCGUACAAGAUUCGGAAGACCCAAAUCCUCUGGUUCGAGCGCUGGCGAUACGGACCAUGGGCUGCAUUCGCGUCGACAAGAUGACGGACUACAUGGAGGAACCAUUGCGGAAAACGCUGAGGGAUGAGUCUCCAUACGUGCGAAAAACAGCAGCUCUGUGUGUGGCUAAGCUGUUCGACCUCUCUCCCGCCCUAUGCUUGGAGAACGGCUUCUUAGAGCAAUUACAGGAGUUGGUAGGCGACCCCAACCCCAUGGUCGUUGCAAACUCGGUCACCGCCUUGGUAGAGAUUCAGGAGGCAGCACCAGAAACAAAGGCCCUUACCAUUACUGCCGCGACACUCAAGAAGAUGCUUCUGGCGCUCAACGAAUGUACCGAAUGGGGCAGAGUCACCAUCCUCACAACUUUGGCGGAUUACAAGGCUGCGGAUGUCAAGGAGGCGGAACAUAUCUGCGAACGGGUUGUUCCCCAGUUCCAGCACGUCAAUCCGAGUGUCGUGCUGGCCGCUGUCAAGGUCGUCUUCCUGCACAUGCGGUUCAUUCCUCCUGAGUUGACCAAGUCGUAUGCCAAAAAGAUGGCACCGCCAUUGGUCACGCUCGUGUCCUCUGCGCCGGAAGUCCAGUACGUUGCCCUCCGAAAUAUCGACCUCCUCCUCCAGAAGCAAUCGGACAUUCUUAGUAAAGAGAUGCGAGUAUUUUUCUGCAAAUACAAUGACCCUCCCUACCUGAAGAUGACGAAGCUUGAGAUAAUGGUACGGAUAGCGAACGACAAAAAUGUCGAUCAAUUGCUUGCGGAAUUGAAAGAAUAUGCCAUGGAAGUGGAUAUGGAUUUCGUCCGACGAGCCGUCAAGGCUAUCGGGCAGGUCGCAAUCAAGAUCGAGAGCGCUAGCGAGAAGUGCGUCAACACGCUGCUUGAUCUGAUCAAUACCAAAGUCAACUACGUCGUCCAAGAAGCGGUAGUGGUGAUCAAGGAUAUCUUCCGAAAGUACCCUGGGUACGAGGGGAUAAUACCGACGCUCUGCCAAUGCAUCGAUGAACUUGACGAGCCCAAUGCCAGAGCCUCUCUGAUCUGGAUUGUGGGAGAAUACGCCGAGAAGAUUGACAAUGCUGGAGAAAUACUGUCCAAUUUUGUAGACACUUUUGCGGAGGAGUUUACACAGACUCAACUCCAGAUCCUCACGGCUGUGGUCAAACUAUUCCUGAAGAAACCAGAUCAAGCACAAGGCCUGGUGACGAAGGUUUUGCAAGCAGCGACUGCAGAGAAUGAUAACCCUGACAUCCGAGACCGAGCUUAUGUCUAUUGGCGACUACUCUCUAGUGACCCUCAAAUAGCCAAGGAUAUCGUACUCUCUGAUAAACCUCCCAUCACAUCUACCAUCAAAUCCCAUCCUCCUCAGCUUCUAGACAGUCUUCUGGCUGAACUCUCCACCCUGGCGUCUGUAUACCACAAGCCGCCGGAAGCAUUCCUCGGGCAAGGCCGAUUUGGCGCCGAGGCUAUGCAGCGCGCCGCGAUCGAGGAGCAACAAGAAGAAGCAAGAGAAAACCCGAUCGCUGCCGCAGCAGCGGCUGCGGCAGUGGCUGGAAAGGCACCGCCUUCCACAAAUAUGGAGAAUCUAUUGGAUAUCGAUUUCGAUGGCUCUGCACCAGCUUCGUUGCAAAAGCAACCUGUCCUAGGGCAAUCGGGUCUAGAGGGCUUGGCAGGCACACCACAACGCGUCGCGUCUCCAUCGACCAAUACUACAGUUCAACCUCCAUCAACUAUGGAUGACCUACUUGGUUUGUUCGGAGAUGGUGGUGGUGCAGCAGCGGGUGCUCCUAACGCAUCAAUGAGCAACGAUGACAUAAUGAACGGAUUUGCAGACAUGAGUUUACAGGCAAACCAGCCUCCACCGGCAACACAGCAGUUGGGUGGUGAGCCAAGCAAGAAGAGCAACCAAGACCUAUUAGACUUGUUCUAGAAAGUCUCAGUGCAGGAAAAUUGGUUUGUGUUAGCGAAGACCAUCCUAUGAGCAUUUGGUGGUGCAUAUGGCGUGUCUGUAAGAAGCCAAGUCACAGUACAUAAUGCAAACCACAUUUUCAAGCAUAACGUC